CAGCCACGCAUGUUACAGAGAAAUUUGGGGAAGAGAGAAAGAGAGAAGGAAGAGAGAGGGUAUUCAAAGAGGCAUUCUCAGUCCACUCUGCCUUCUCUCUCUAUAUAUCUAUCUAUCCAUGUCACAUGGUAGAAGAAUGACCAUCUGCUGAUUCAAUUCCCUCGUCAAACCCUAACAUUUUAUCCCCUCUUCUUACCUUAUAUACGACCGCAUAUUACGCAAUUCUUAAUUCUCAAGGUAUUGCCAUUCAUUGGAUCGAAUUGCUAUCAGCCGCGCGCCCUACGAGAUUCUCCGGUUGAUUGAUUUUACUGAUUUGCAAUAUUUGACCUAGCUCUUGCUGCAAAUCGACAUCUAUAGGAACAUUUUUGAAAAGAAGAAACAGCGCCAGUAGAUGGCGCUGUUCAGAAGGAUAUUCUACAGGAAACCGCCUGAUCGUCUUUUGGAGAUCUCCGAGAGGGUUUAUGUAUUUGAUUGUUGCUUCUCCACGGAUAUUUUUGAAGAAGAUGGAUAUAAAGCAUACAUCAGUGGUAUUGUGGCCCAGUUACAAGAUCAUUACCCUGAUGCUUCAUUCAUGGUUUUUAACUUCAGAGAAGCAGAAGCAAGGAGCCAAAUUUCAGAAAUAUUGACAGAAUAUGGCAUGACAGUAAUGGAUUACCCAAGGCAAUACGUAGGAUGUCCAUUGUUACCACUCGAGAUGAUUCACCAUUUUCUACGAUCGAGUGAAAAUUGGUUAUCAAUUGUGGGGCAACAAAAUGUGUUAUUGAUACAUUGUGAAAGAGGCGGUUGGCCUGUUCUUUCUUUCAUGCUUGCAGGUUUCCUUUUAUACCGAAAACAGUACGUUGGAGAGCUGAAGACACUUGAAAUGUUGUAUAAGCAAGCUCCAAGAGGACUUAUUCGUCUUUUAUCUCCUUUAAAUACACAGCCUUCCCAACUUAGAUAUCUUCAAUAUAUCACCAAAUGGAAUUUCGGAUUAGAAUGGCCUCUGACAGAUGUACCACUUGUUUUGGAUUGCAUUAUACUUAAAGUUCUUCCAAUAUUUGGUGAAUGUAAUGGUUGUCGACCAGUUGUUCGUGUAUACGGGCUAGACCCUUCUUCUCCAUCAAACAAUAGAACCUCCAAGCUCUUACAUACAAGUUUAAAGAGGAGAAAGCGUGUUUGCCUGUAUAAAGAGGAAGAUUGUAACCUAGUUACAAUAGAUAUUCAUUGUCGCAUUCAAGGCGAUGUUGUUCUUGAAUGUAUCCAUUUGCGUAAUGAUUUAUCAAGUGAGGAAAUGAUAUUCAAAGUGAUGUUCCACUCAACAUUUGUAAGAUCAAAUGUCUUACUGUUGAGCCAUGAUCAAGUUGACAUUCUAUGGGAUGAAAGAGACCGAGUUCCAAAGGAAUUUAAGGCGCAGGUGCUUUUUUCAGAUGCUGAUGGCAUUCUGCCUACCAUCACCACAGAAGAGGAUAGUGAUGACUCGGGAAGUGUUUCGCCAGAUGAAUUUUUUGAGGUUGAGGAGAUAUUUAGCAAUGCACUGGAUUCCCAUGAUGGAAAAGGGGGUAUUAGUUCCCAAGCAUAUCAGGAAAAUGGGCCUGAUGAUGACAACAGAAAAAUGGAUUGGAAGGAAGCCUUAGAACCUCACGCAUUUCUAGAUUGUCCGUCAGAUGAUGCAAACCUUAAACAGGAUGUUCAAAUGAAUCUUCAUACUGAUGCAGUGGAUUUUGUGAAAAGUGUUGAAGACAAUUUGUUGGAUGAUGCACUGGCAACUAGUGAUGAGACAAGUGAUCUUGGAACUGAGAUUCCAGUGCCAGAUGUUGGAAAUAUGCCAGAAUUGAUGCAUGAGUUAGAACACACAGAAGAUUUAUCAAUUGAAAAGAUCUUGGAAAGAAAAGACAAAGAAGAUUUAUCAAUUGAAAAGAUCUUGGAAAGCAAAGACAAAGAAGAUUAUUCUACCCAAGAGAACUUGGAAAGAGAAGACAAAGAAGACACAAAAUUGAUGCAUGAGUUAGAACACUCAGAAGAUUUAUCAAUUGAAAAGAUUUUGGAAAGAAAAGACAAAGAAGAUUUAUCAAUUGAAAAGAUCUUGGAAAGCAAAAACAAAGAAGAUUAUUCUACCCAAGAGAACUUGGAAAGAGAAGACACAGAAGACACAGAAUUGAUGCAUGAAUUAGAACACACAGAAGAUUUAUCAAUUGAAAAGAUAUUGGAAAGAAAAGAUAAAGAAGAUUUAUCAAUUGAAAAGAUCUUGGAAAGCAAAGACAAUGAAGAUUAUUCUACCCAAGAGAACUUGGAAAGAGAAGACAGAGAGGAUUAUUCUACCCAAGAGAACUUGGAAAUAGAAUACAAAGAAGAUUCUUCUGCCCAAGAGAACUUGGCAGGAGAAGAUAAAGAAGAUUCUUCUACCCAAGAGAAUUUGGAAAGACACGACAAAGUAGAUUUUGCCGAAGAAAACUUGGAAAGAAAAGACAUAGAAGAUUCUUCAAUUCCUGAGAACUUGGAAAUGCCAAAUUCAGAUACAAUGUCAGAUAUUGAUGAUGUGAGGAAAUAUGAGAAGCCCAGUCCACCUCCAUCAGAAGAACAACUGAUCUCUUAUGAAAAACAGACAGUAUAUUCAUCUCCUACAGAAGAAAAGGAUCCACAGAAGGAGGCUCAGGGUUUUCUUUCAAGCAAGGAAGCAGAAAAUCAGAAAGCAUCAUCGCCGACCUAUCCUGAUGAAAGUCUUGAAGAAGAUUAUAUGCAUGUUUCACAUUCAGAUUCGAUGCACGACGAUGAACAAGCUGCACUGGAUAUAAAGAAUUUUCCCACAGACAAUGAGUCAAUAUCAUCUGCAGAUGCUUCUUUAUUAUCUGAUAUGGUGGCUGUAAAUGACGAUACUACUGAGCCAACUUGUCAAGAAGUGGAGUCUGUUUUAAGUGCAGAUUGCCAACAAAAGAACCAUUUCCCCCCAUCAUUUGUGAGUGCAAUGGCCGAUGAAGUAUCUUGCUUUCCCUCAGAUAUUCUACCAACAUAUACAAAGCCGAUUGAAGAAGAUCCUCUUCAUCCAUCUUCUCCUCCCCCUCACCCCCCACCUCCACCUCCACCUCCACCUCCACCUCCACCUCCUCCAACACCUCAAACUGUAACUAAAUCUUCUUUACCUUUAUUCAGACUAAAGAGUUCAAAAGAAGCUAUUCAAAGUACCUCCUACAUACCUCCACCGCCUCCACCUCCUCCACUCCCUUGGAAGGUUCAGUCUUCUGUGAUGACUCCAUUGAUGACGUCUCAUCCUCCAGCUUUAACUCUACUUCCAUCACCAUCAUUGUCUCCUCUAUCUCCUCAUGGUCUAUCACCUCCACCUCCACCUCCACCGCCUAUUCAUGCCAUUUGUGUUCCUUUUCCUACUCACUUUUCUCAGCCUUCCCCACUUUCAAUAGAUGAUGACACUCCUCCUCCCACCAUAGAUGUCUCUUGUAGUUCUCCAGUACCACUGUUACCCACCAUCUUUACCUCAUCACUACCCGAUUCUGUAUUGCUACCUCACUUAGAUCAUUUAACUCAAACUUUGCAUGUUUCACCUCCAUCAAGCUUGAUUGAUGAAGCUUCACAGUUUCCAACAUGUGAUAAUACCUUACAACAACCCCUUGUUGACUCUCAUUUUCCUUCUACUGAUACUCAAAAUGUUCCACCCCAACCUUCAUUGCCUCCCUCUUUACUUGUUAUUUCACGAGUCCCUUCUCCACCUUCUAUCCCCUCUCAUUCACAUGAUACUCAAUCAUUCCCUCCACCUCCACCUCCACCUCCACCUCCCCCUCCCCCCUCACUUGUAACAAGUACCCAUUCAACUUUGUUGUCGUCUCCAUGUCCCUCUCCACACUGUAGAAAGCAAGACCCAUGCUCACAACCAACUCACCUUGAACCUCCACCACCACCUCCUCUACCAAGCUCAAUUCACAAGGUUCCUUUAAAUCAGAAGCUAACUACAUCUCAAGACCCACCUGAACCUUUAACUACAUCUUCACAUUACUCUCCUCCUCCUCCUCCUCCACCACCACCACCUCCUUCAUAUGGUCAUCAAAUGGUCCCAAAUACUCUCCCAUCGCCUAUACCUUCUAACAGUACUUCAAUACAUUCUCAUCCUCCAACUUCUAGUUCUCUUUUAGAAGGCAUUCAACCACAUUUAUGUUUACUUUCAGAUAUACCUUCAACUCCAAAUCCAGAAAGCCCAUCAUGUGGAGAUAUUUCUUGUUCACCCUUGACUACUUCUCAAGGAACUCCACCUACUCUUCUCCCUGCCCCUCAUCCUUUAAACAACCCUCAUUUUCUAAACAACCCUCAUUUUUAUCUAUCAGCUUCUUUUCCAUCUUUUUCACAUAAUACACAUCUAGGUCAACCUUCAGUUACAAAUCCAAUAGGCCUAGCUUUAGGAGUUCCUUUUCAUCCAACUCCACAUACUUGUGUAGCUUUAGGUGUUCCCUUUCAUCCAACCCUACAUAAUUCUCAACAAACUCAAAGUUCAACCUCCCCCCCACCUACCUAUCUGUCUCAUAUUCCUUCAUUUGGCCCUAUGUUUAUCUCACAUCCUUCUUCAUAUCAAUCAGAAGGUGGCCAUUAUUUAAAUCCAAUGUCACCUCUCCCUCCCUCUCCAUCACAUAUGAUACAACCUUCAACUUUAAACAUACCUUACAUGCACAGUGUUUCCCCAAGAACGUUAUCAUCCUCUAGGGAAGCACCAAUUCCACCACCAUCUCCUUCAGUGCAAGGAGCACUCACUUCAAUGCCUCCCUCAAUUGUCACUCUUCCUCCUUCAUCACAUGGGGCAACAAUUCCACCACCUCCACCUCCACCAUUUCUUUCAAGCAAAGGGCCACCAUCUCCUCCUCUAUUAAACGAGGAACCACCUUCAAUUGAUCUUGCUCCUACUCCUCUUCCAUCAUAUGGAGAACCGCCUCUUCCGAGCGGUGUUGGUCCACCUCCUCCUCUGCCUCCCCCAAGUGGUCCUCCAGACAGUGGUGUGGUCCCUCCUCCUCCAGACAGUGGUGUGAGCCCACCACCUCCUCCGCCUCCUCCAGACAGUGGUGUGAGCCCACCACCUCCUCCGCCUCCUCCAGGCGGUAGUGUGAGCCCACCACCUCCUCCACCUCCUCUAGGCGGUGGUGUGGCACCUCCUCCGCCUCCUCCAGGCGGUGGUGUGGCACCUCCUCCUCUGCCCCCUCCAGGCGGUGGUGUGGCACCUCCUCCUCCGCCCCCUCCAGGCGGUGGUGUGGCACCUCUUCCUCCGCCCCCUCCAGGCGGUGGUGUGGCACCUCUUCCUCCGCCCCCUCCAGGCGGUGGUGGGGCACCUCCUCCUCCGCCCCCUCCAGGCGGUGGUGUGGCACCUCCUCCUCCGCCCCCGCCAGGCGGUGGUGUCGGACCACCUCCUCCGCCCCCUCCAGGCGGUGGUGUCGGACCUCCUCCUCCGCCCCCUCCAGGCGGUGGUGUCGGACCUCCUCCUCCGCCCCCUCCAGGCGGUGGUGUCGGACCUCCUCCUCCGCCCCCUCCAGGCGGAGCAGCUAGAGGUGGUGGACCUCCUCCACCUCCCGGCUCCGGUGGACCUCCCCCACCUCCUGGCUCUGGUGGACCGCCAAUAGCAGGUGCACCACCUCCACCUGCUGCUGGAAGAGGCCGUGGGCUUUCACGUACUCCUACUACAGCUGCAAAGAAGUCCACCAUGAAGCCACUGCAUUGGAGCAAGGUAACAAGGGCAUUGAAAGGAAGCUUGUGGGAAGAAUUACAAAAAGGGGAGCAACAAAUAGCACCAGAGUUUGAUGUCUCAGAACUUGAGACUCUUUUCUCUGCCACGGUGACCAAAUCGGAUGGAGGAAAAGCUGGAGGACAAAAGAAGGCUGUUGGUUCAAAAGUUGAGAAAAUUCAUCUGGUUGAUAUGAAGAGGGCCAAUAACACUGAAAUCAUGCUCACACAAGUCAAGAUGCCUCUACCUGACAUGAUGGCUGCAACAUUAGCAAUGGAUGAGACAAUUUUAGAUGCCGAUCAAGUGGGGAACAUGAUAAAGUUUUGUCCCACAAAAGAAGAAAUGGAGCUACUUAAGAAUUUCCCAGGGGACAAGGAUACCCUCGGGAAGUGUGAACAGUUCAUUCUGGAGCUAAUGAAGGUUCCGCGUAUGGAGUCAAAAUUAAGGGUUUUUCUUUUCAAGAUUCAGUUUAAUUCUCAGAUUUCAGAAUUCAAGACGAGCUUACAUGCAGUGAACUCUGCAUGUGAAGAGGUUCGAAAUUCCUUGAAAUUUAAAGACAUCAUGAAGAAAAUUCUCUACCUAGGAAAUACAUUAAAUCAAGGAACUGCAAGGGGCUCUGCAGUUGGAUUCAAGUUGGACAGUCUUCCUAAACUGGCAGAUACACGUGCUUCGAAUAACAGGAUGACACUCAUGAAUUAUCUAUGUAAGGUCCUUGCAUUAAAAUCGCCAGAUCUUCUUGAUUUACCUAAAGAUCUUGCCAAUCUGGAAGCGGCUUCAAAGAUACAAUUGAAGGUUUUAGCAGACGAAAUGCUGUCUAUUACCAAAGGUCUUGAAAAGGUGAUGCACGAGCUGAAGGCAUCUGAGAAUGAUGGCCCUGUAUCUGAAGUUUUUCACAAGACGCUUAAGGAAUUUAUAGGUGCUGCAGAAGCAAAUGUUGCAUAUGUGACAAAUUUGUAUUCAGAGGUGCUCAAAAAUACUGAAGCAUUGACCCUCUAUUUUGGCGAGGAUCCUGCUCGUUUUCCAUUUGAGCAAGUCACUACAGCACUGUUAAAUUUCGUGAAUCUAUUCUCCAAAGCACAUGAAGAAAAUGAAAAGCAUGCUGAACUGGAGAGGAAGAAAGCGGAAAAAGAAGUUGAAAUGGAAAAGGCAAAAGGAAUUAAUUUGACAAAGAAGAGCAAAAAAAACCCGAGAUACUCCAAAUUCAUAAAGAGUUGCAAGGAUUUGAAAAAAAAAAUCAUCCCAGUUUGCUCUUUCAGCUUCAGCAAGGAGCUCCCGCCUCUGGAACCUAUAAAAAAAAUCAAAAAGGGAAUAAAAGGUGGGAAGAAGCCUAGUCCACAAAAGCAAUAUACUUUGGCAAUGCAUGAUCGAAGCAAACUAAUGAAAUACGAUAUAGGAUGAGAGAUCGUCAGUGGUUAAUGCUGUUGUUCCAUUAUUCCUCAUAUCCUCACCCCCAUCAUGAUCUGUAGAGAAAAAGAUUUGGGUUCAGCUUGAAGAUCAGAAGAAUGAUGCAGUUACAUGUACAGAGCUAUUAUUUUGUAGCCAGGUUUGGAAUUCUCUCUAUUCUUUUUACACUGUAAUUUAGAAGUAGACUACUUACUUCUCAUUCUUGUAUUCAUCUCCUGCAAGAGAUAAUACAUAUAACAAAGACACCAUUAGUUAGAUUGUAUAGAAAGUUAAGAUGAGAAGAAAUAGGCAAAAUGUCUUAAUUUUUUUUAUUUGCAGUUUGAUAGCUCAGUUUGUAACAUGUAAGCUACCUAGCUAGUUGUUUAGCUUCAAGUGCUUAGAUCACUUAUU